GUUUGAACAAGUAAAUUUUUACAAUUGUCAAUAAUUAUUGUACUCAUGGAGAAAUAUAUUGUUAAUGGUAGGAUUGGUGAAGGGGCACAUGGCAUCGUUCUUAGAGGAAUCGACAAAUCGUCAAUGAAAGUAGUAGCCAUGAAACGGGUAGCGUUGAAAAAUAUCAACGAACAAGGCUUACCCAACUCGGCUGUGCGCGAACUGCUGGCUCUGCGCUUAAUCCGUCACGACUACGUUACAAAUUUGGUUGAUUAUUUUUCACAAGGAUACUCGCUGGUUUUGGUCUGUGAAUAUUUACCAAUUGAUCUCAACGAAUUUUUACGAUCCAACGUGAAACCCUUGGCGAUUAGUCACGUGAAAAGCUAUAUGUGGAUGUUGGCCAGUGCUGUCGAAUACAUCCAUAGCCUCCACAUCAUGCAUCGUGAUUUAAAGCCGGCAAAUCUUUUAAUCGGUUUUAGAGGGGAACUGAAAGUUACCGAUUUCGGAUUGUGCCGAGUCUUCCGUAAUCCUGAAUUGGUUGGUAGCACUAAUAACGAAAAGGAUCAAAAACUGUUCACUCAUCAGGUCGCUUCCCGUUGGUACAGAGCACCCGAAUUGCUUUAUGGUUCUAGAACUUAUGGUCCGGAAGUAGAUCUCUGGGCCAUGGGUUGUAUCUUUGGUGAAAUGCUCAAGAAUUCUCCACUUUUCCCGGGGGAAAAUGACAUUGGCCAACUAUGCACGGUCAUUCAAGUACUAGGUACUCCAGAUGAGGAAAUUUGGCCAGGUGUGUCAUCGCUUCCUGAUUUUCACAAGAUUUCGUUUACAAACACCCAAAAGCAAAUCUCCUUCAAAGAAAUCCUAACUGAAGUAGACGAAUCAUCAAGGAUUAUGCUGGAACGUUUUCUACGUUAUUGUCCCAAAUCCCGAAUAACGGCACAAGAGUUUUUGGAAGCUUCAUAUUUUCACCAAGAGCCGCCGAUGACUCCUUUAAAUGAUCUCCCUCUUCCGGUUGUAAAACCACUAAAUACAGCAACAGCUGAAUUUGCCAACUGGGAUUGGUCUGCAACACAUUUUUGAAUAAAACUUUAAUAAAGAAAAAAAAAUAGUAUUUAAGUAUUUUAA